AUGGCCGUCGACAAGUUACUCUCUGCCCUUUCCAAGGAGAUCUCCCCGGCAUCUAGGAUUCUGAAGGAUAGAAACACGCCAGCAUUCCAAACCUCAAUGGAACGCUGGUCGAACCUGAACAAGAAGACCCCAUAUGGCAUUGUCCAGCCUGCCACCGAACAGGAUAUUCUCCUGGUAGUUCGGAAGGCCUUGGACUUCUCCGUCCCCUUUGUUCCUGUGUCAGGCGGCCACAGUACAUGGUCGAGCAUCGAUAAGAAUGGGGUCGUGAUCGACCUCAGCACUUAUACCGGCGUUGCGGUCAAUACUACACAAGACACUGCGACGGUCAGGGGCGGGACUCUGAUGAAAGAGCUCCAGACUGCUCUACAUCCCUACAAGCGGUUCACUGCUGUGGGUAAUGGAAGCACCAUUGAAGCCGUGAGCGCGGCCGUGCAGCAGAUUGCGGAGAACAAGGAUCAUGUUAACGCCGGUCAUGUCAUGAUUGUGCAAGCACCGCCGGACCUGAAGCAGCAAGUGCUGUUCGUCGCGCCGCAGGUCUUCUGCUCGGCGGCGGAGGCAGCCAGACUCUUCCAGCCGCUCAAGGACAUCGGCCCUAUCCAGGAGGCCCUGGUGCCGUCCACAUUCGAGACGCACAGCGACCACCUCGACUGGGUCGGCGUCAAGGGAGAGUUCAAGCGCUUUAGCCAAAUUGGCCUCAAGGGCUGGGACACCGACAACUUCAAGCUGCUUGCCCGAUUGCACAGCGAGCUUGUUGCAGACUGUGCUGACGCUGCGCGUUCCGGAUAUUCGGUCGAGUGGCACUCGCCCUGUAAGAGCCCGAGGGCGCUCAACACGUCUUUCGGGCUCGAAGAUGUGGACUAUUGGCUGAACGUGCUUAGCUGGUAUAGCGACGCCGCCAACCAUGAUUUCGUAGGUGAGAUGGACGAGAAGGCACAGGCAGCUAUGCGUGUCGGCACGGAACCGCACAGAUUCGUCGCAUACACGAACACAUCGCGCGACGGCCCUAUCGAGUUCCGGUACAAGGGCGUGGAAAGGAUCAGUCGGCUCCAGGGCCUCAAGAGGCAUUAUGAUCCUGAGGGCAUCUUCACUAGAGAGGUACUAUGA